AUGCGAAAUGGCGCUGAUUUCCUCAUCCUCGAGACUGCCAAAAAUGCAUCUGCCCCGCCAUCAUCAGGGUGUGGCGAUACAAUUAAAGCUUCGAGUAAUUGGACGAGACUUGAGAAUACUGUCGGCCUUGGCCGUGAUGUGAUGAGCAAGAAGACUUUGAGACAUUCUCCUGAAGGAACCGAAAUCGAAGUGAAAUUAGUGAAUUUCACAAAAGGCCUUUCUGUUGACGGAUGCAGUUAUGCAGGUGUAGAGAUCAAGACCAACAAGGACCAAACGCUCACUGGUUACAGGUACAUUGGUUGA